AUGAAGUAUCUCGAACCUCUCAUAGCGGACUGGUUCAAGUCAACGAUAGAACGGGCAGAUGAGCUGUCAAAGCGCUUCAACAAAAAACCCCGCUACUUCCUCGAUCAUUUUUUCCAAGGCGGCGCCAGAAUGGUGAAUCAUCAAGAAAAGGUCAAUCCUUUCAACGCUUUUAAAGCCUUCAAGGCAAAGGAGAUCCGAGAAGGCAGGGCAAUUGGAUUGCUCUUUUCCACGCUAAGCCAGGGCUUCAUCGAGGAGUAUCGUCAGCUCUCAGAUGAGGAGAAAGAGAAGCUGCGUACUGACUAUACCGCUAUCAAGCAAGAGUCGAUGGCAGUCAAGAGGGACACACCUCGUGCACGUUCACAGGAUGUGUCCAAUGUGGUGCGCAACAUGAUCAUGCUGGUACAAGCGUUGAGCUACAGGGUCGGAGUAGAGGGCUUCUUUUGCAUUGUGCGAAAUAGCACGGAUUUCUACAUGGAGCCUCAGUGGUUUUUCACGACACAAGAGUUGGAACGUUACAUGCCUAUUGCCGUUGGACAAAAAUGGGACUUGGCCACCGUGGGAGCAAAGGUCGAGGCGUUUGCAGUUGCAGGCUGUGAUACAAUGCGGUUGCUGAGAACGUCGAAACAAAAAUGUGAUUUCUUGAAGGUGGAGAUCCGGGAAUUCGUCAAUGUGGGACUGCGUGAAAUCACAAAGCUUCCGAAAGCCGUUAUGCAAUACGUGCACUACCGGGAGGACAUCGUUGUCAGCCUUGGCGUCAAGCUGAUAGGAUGGACGGCGGGUGACAUAGUCAAUCCGAGCAACCUGAGUACAUCAGUUUCUGUCCUCACCGAGCUACGUGAUGCUUUCAGGAAGGGAGACGCACGCUGGGUCAAGCUAACACGUGAAGAACGACAGGAGGAACGUGAGCAGUGGGAUGCAGACGUAGAGGCUGGGAUUGUGAUUCCAAAGUCCCGUGAGCAGCGGUCUGACAAAGGGAAGAAACGAAAACGGCACGAGCCCGCAGACUCAGAGAACAGGGAGGAUGAUGAGGAUGGCGUCUUACCCGGAAGCAACGAGCCAGGACCGCAGGUUGAGGAGCCAGGGGAAGGGGAUGUCGAGGAAGAGCCACCAGCAAAGCGAUCGCGUCGCAGUGCCAAAAGCAAUGGAAAGCGAGCGAAUGCGGAAAAGGAGAACAUGUCGGUGCAACCAAAGAAGGGGAACCGGGCCCGCGACGAUAAGACCACCCGCCAGGCUAUCGCCCGGCAGAAGGGAAGGCGUUCAGCGAACAGCAGUGCAAUUGCAGCGGACAGCGACGUCAGUGAUCCCACAGCCCCUGCUCAAGUCCCUCCACCCUUCACAGCGACUGCUGGUUCUCAGUGAGCGAGAGCGGCCCAUCGCUUGAUAACGUAGAUCAAGAUUCUGAGUGGUUAUCGAGAGCUACGGACAGUAGUGUUAAGUGAUGUAUCCAAGUAGAAUGAAAUGAGUCGGAGAUGCGAAUAUUGACCGGCGGCGGGGGUGCAGAGAUGGCCUGGUGUGAGUGACGUGGCCGAGCAGGUGCGACGCGGCCCAGCGAGCUUGUGUACGUAUCGGCUUGGGGCAUCGUUGUAAUAUUCAAGCGCUGAGGCGAAAAGGAAGCUCGGUGGACAGACGGCGGGUGGUG